CUUUAUCUACUUUAAGACAAUUAGGGUUAAUGAUAAGAAUUUUAUCAAUAGGAUUUUAUAAAUUAGCUAUAUUUCAUUUAUUAACACAUGCUUUAUUUAAAGCAUUAUUAUUUAUAUGUGCCGGGGCUAUUAUUCAUAAUAUAAAUAAUUCUCAAGAUAUUCGAUUAAUAGGAGGUUUAAGAAUUCAUAUACCUCUGACUUCCGCUUGUUUUAAUGUUUCUAAUUUAGCAUUAUGUGGGAUACCUUUUUUAGCUGGAUUUUAUUCUAAGGAUAUAAUUUUGGAAAUCGUUAGCAUUAGAAAUAUUAAUAUAUUUUCAUUUUUUUUAUAUUUUUUUUCAACAGGUUUAACUGUAAGUUAUUCUUUUCGAUUAGUUUAUUAUUCAAUAACUGGGGAUUUAAAUUGUGGAAGUUUAAAUAUAUUAAAUGAUGAGUUGAGUAAUAUCCGAGGUAUAUUAGGUUUAUUAAUUAUAGAAUUAUUGGGGAGAAUAUUAAAUUGAUUAAUUUUUCCUAUUCCUUAUAUAAUCUGUUUACCUAGAUAUUUAAAAUUAUUAACAUUAUUUGUUUGUAUUUUUGGGGGGCUAUCAGGCUAU